AUGAUUGAAGACUUCAAAUCUGUGAAUGGCGCCCGCCAUGCCUUGAAGCAGCCACCGAAGAAACAACCAAUGCCACUUAUUUCCUUUGUAUCUGGUGCAACUGCAGGAGGUGUCGAGUCCGUCAUCACGUAUCCUUUUGAAUAUGCCAAAACCCAUGCCCAGCUGAGAACCCAUUAUGGCCCCAAGAACCCUCUACUCAUCAUCCAACACCUGGUUCAGACGCGGGGAAUAGCCUCAAUCUAUGCGGGCUGCAGUUCUCUUGCGGCGGGUACGAUGCUCAAGGGAGGUGUUCGAUUUUUCUUUUACGACAACAUCAAACAAGCGCUCUCGUCGCCGUCGUUGGGUAUGCCAAUCUUUUUGCAGGGUAUCAUGGCUGGCAUGGCGGCCGGUGCCGCCGAGAGCGUCAUCGCGGUGACUCCAAGCGAGCGCAUAAAAACGGUCCUCAUUGAUGAUGCAUCGAGUGGAACCAGGAAAUUGGAUGGAGGGUUGCAAGCCAUGCGGGUUAUUCUCCGUGAACAACAAUUGAGAGGCUUGUAUAAAGGCCUGGUGCCUACGACGGCCAAACAGUCCGCGACAUCGGCUGUACGGAUGGGAAGCUAUAACGCUCUGAAAGAGCUCAGCCAGAGGUACGAAAUCAACCAAAAUUUCUUAACCACGUUCCUCAUGGGCGCCGUCGCUGGGACAAUCACUGUCUACACUACGCAACCUUUUGACUCGAUCAAGACCCGCUCUCAGGGGUUGACAGGGAUGGGCGCGGGAACCGCCCUCCGAAGCAUCAUCCAAGACUACGGAAUCAAGGGCCUAUGGAGUGGGAGCACCAUGCGGCUGGGGCGCUUACUUCUUAGCGGUGGCAUUGUAUUCACGGUAUACGAGAAAACUCAGGGUGUCAUGGAGUUUCUGUUUACCUAA